AUGCCAACUCGGCUUCAGACCCAGUUGUAUAGUAGUAUAGUUCUGUGGUACAACUCAAUCACGUGUUACUUCAAGCGUUUCUCAGAUAUUGAAAGAGCCCCAGGAUGGCCGGGGGUUCUCAUCCCAAGGGCCCACUCCACAAGCCAUCUUCUUCCUCCUCCGCCUCUAACCGAACACCGCUGGGAGUCUCCCCCCACCGCCCCUGCCACCGCCACAGCCAUCACCACCAAAAACAAUCCACCCGACCCCAAACCCGUGAAGCCCAACUCCGGCCCAUCCCCCAAACCAGGCGCAACCUCAACGCCGUCCCAUCCCAAGCACCCGCCAUCAGCCCCCUCUCCCGGACCCGCUCCGUUUCCCUUCCCCGACCCGGCCGCUUUCGGCCCACCCCCUCCCCCAGUCUACGGCUUCCACAUGCUCGAGCGCCGAACUUUCGUUCUCGCCGACGGCAGCGUUCGGUCCUACUUCGCUCUCCCGCCCGAUUAUCAAGAAUUCCCUCCGCCCAUGGACCCGUCCGGCCGGUUUUUGCCGUUUGGGCCGGGUGGACCGCCCGGGCCUGGUCCGGAUUACUGGAACUCGCUCGGGCUCGAUGGGCGUGGCCCCGCAGAGGGGCCCGCAAAGAGAAAGUACCCCGAAGAAGAGGACCAGAGGGAUAAAGCAGGGGAAUUUGGGAUGCGCCGGCCGCAGUUUAUGCAGCAUGCCAAUCCAAAUGGGUUUCCGGUGGGUCCUGGUACCCGGGGAGAGUUUUUGGCGGGAACGAGUAGCCCGUUUCGGCGGGAGGCGGGGGACCAAGGCCGUGGUGGCGAGGAGGCGAGAGCUAACAAGUACAUGAGGAUUGGUGGUGGGGGUUAUGAGAGUGCGGGAUUUAGGCAAGGUGGUGGUGGUGAGAAUGUGGUUCAUAAGCAUGUUCAAGUUGAUCAGAGUGCGUUGAAGAAGGCGUUUCUUAAUUACGUGAAGCUGAUUCAUGAGAAUACGCAACAGAGGAAGAUUUACUUGGAGGAUGGGAAGAAUGGGCGUCUGCAUUGUCUUGCUUGUGCCAGGUCUUCUAAAGAUUUUCCGGAUAUGCAUAGUCUCAUCAUGCACAGUUACAACUCUGAUAGUGCUGACUUGCGUGUGGAUCACUUGGGCUUACACAAGGCUUUGUGUGUUCUGAUGGGGUGGGACUACCUGAAGCCUCCUGAUAACUCAAAGGCGUAUCAAUUUCUUUCUGCUGAAGAAGCAGCAGCAAAUGUGGAUGAUCUGAUUAUGUGGCCACCUGUGGGGGGUUUGGGCAAUAAAGCAAUGGAUAGUAUUAUUAGAGAUCUUGGAUUUGGGAGUGGCAAGUCAAAAUCCUUGUAUGGUAGAGAUGGUCAUUUAGGUAUGACUCUGGUUAAAUUUUCGGGUGACGAAGCAGGCCUUAAGGAGGCCAUGCGCAUGGCAGAAUUCUUCGUUAAGGACAAUCAUGGACGUAGGGCUUGGGCUCGUGUACAGCCCCCAACACUGGGCAGUAAGGAUGACGAGAACAAUCCAUACCUUGUGAAGUUGGACGAAAAGACGAGGGAGAAAAAGAGGAUUCUGUAUGGCUAUCUCGGAACUGCUUAUGACCUUGACAAGGUUGAUUUUGACACAAGAAAGAAAGUUGCGAUUGAAAGCCUAAGGGAAUACAAAUCAACCAAGUAGAUUCCUGGUGGCAUUUAAGCAUUCUCUAGUGCCGUGCGGCGGCAGAGUCCCUUCGGAUGCCUGCCUAUUAUUCUUGGAAGUGUAAUGGCCUGUCUUGGUUGGUACACAGCUUUUUCCUGCUACAGCUUUGCUGUAUUCAGACACAAGAAGAGAAUUCAAAUUAGGAAGAAAAAAGAUUUAGAGCGCUUGUAUUUUUUUUGAACUUGUCUGACAAUUGCAGCAAAUAAUUGUUUAAUAAUUAACUUGAUUGAGCCUGUUGGAAGUUCAA